CGUUGCCAAGACAGCUGGGAAGGCGUCUCCCGGAAGACGAACUCCGCAGAGCUGAUGGCAUUGAGAUCCAUUCCCGGAGGGGUCAGCUCCUGACGGGUUCCUGAGCCAGUCUUAACCUGGGCAAAGGAGAUGAGGAGCCGAGCCUGAUGCAUUGUGAUGGCCAUCUGCCCAGAAUUGGCCCAAACGGACAAAAGUGCUCUUGCAAACCUUUCUGAUAAGACUGAGACUUUGAAGAACUUUACUGAUGAGGUACAGACUUCCAGCUCAUCCAGCUCCUCUGGAGGACGGCAGUCCUCGCCCCUGACCUCUGGGAGCAAACUGGAGAGGGAAAAGCAGACUCCAAGCUUGGAACAAGGAGACACACAAUCUGAGCUUUUGGACUAUAAAAAUUAUGAAAAGAAGUUGAGUAAAAAAUGGAUCAACUACCUCAAGCGCAAAGACUCUAACUUUGAACGGCACCAACCAGAUACCAAACUUCCAACAGAAAUCACUCGGGUAUCAGAUGAAGAAUUGAAUGCUCUGCAGUCUUAUUGCACCAUGAAGAUAAAUUUGAUUCAUCGUAGAGGGGAUUCUAAGAAGAAGAUGAGCAGCAGACAUAAAAAGCUGCAUCUUGGAUUGGAUGUAGACGCUUCAGAGAGAGAUGCCUUAAGUUGUACUGUACCCAAUGAACUUUUGAACAGAAUCUACUUUAAAAACAUGAGGACAACGCCAAAACAGGAGGCAGCAGCUAAGCAACACAUAUCUUAUCAGUGUCCCUAUUGUAACAGGAAAAGAGCGGAGCUGGCCCUGUCUGCCUUUCUGAAACAAAAGAAGACUUUACUGGAGUCAUUUCUACUCCAAGAGAGAAUAGAUGAACAUCUUCAUACCAAAGACUUUCUCACCCGUAUUGGAGAAGCACAUCAAGACUUUCCCAGGCUUUCAGAUGACCCCAGAAUAAUCUGGAAAAGACUGACUGAGAAAAGUCAUAUCAGAUACUCUGGUUUUGAAAGAUCAGAGACAGAGCAGAAGAUGCAGCGAGAUGGAAAUAGUGCUUGUCAUUUACCAUUUUCUCUGCCAUUUCUCAAGCGACUUACUCUAAUCAAACCAGAGCUGGUGAUUGUCAAUGAUAAUGUGUAAUGUGGAUAGAUGUCUUUGUUGUGUAUUUGAGUAAUUACCAUAAUUUCUACAGGCACUUGGGAAACUAACUUAAGACUUUACUAUGCUUCCUUCACAGAUUUGAGGACUAAGAACUUUCACUUUUUUUUCCUAUUAUAGAAGGCACUGUUGUAGUUGGAAUAGUUAUAAAAACUUUUACAAAAUUCCAAGAGAACUAUGUUGGUAGUUUGGGCCAGGAUGUUGAUGGUACAGAAGCAAAGUAGUAUGGGGAUGUAAGAGAAACUUAAAAAGUAAUAACUGUCUUUGGCGAUCAAAUGGCUAUGGGGAAUUAAUAAAUAGUAGAUGUUUGAAAUGUUA